UCGUAAGGGAAGUCGGCAAAGGGAUAACGUCGCUCGGUGGAGACAUGUAAAGAUGGCAGAGCUACAAAUGUUGCUCGAUGAGGAGAUCCCGGCCGGCAAGAAAGCGCUCGUCGAGAGUUACCAGAACCUGACCCGAGUCGCGGACUACUGUGAAAACAAUUAUGUACAGGCAUCUGGGUGGAGACUCUUGGACAGUUUUGGGUCCCAUGAGAGGAAGUCUCAACUUUUCCUCCUCUCCCGCCCCCGUCCGGAGAUGAUGGUUUCUCUGCCUGGCAUGUUGUGGGGUGAAACAUUGUACGACACUGACAGCAGGCAGCUCUAAAUUUGGAGCAGGGCAGCGAAAUAUGAAGUGCCCAGGACAAGAGGAAAGCUCUGGAGGAGACCAAAGCCUACACCACGCAGUCCCUGGCCAGCGUGGCUUACCAGAUCAACGCCUUAGCCAACAAUGUGCUGCAGCUGCUGGACAUCCAGGCCUCGCAGCUGCGGCGCAUGGAAUCCUCCAUCAACCACAUCUCUCAGACGGUGGACAUCCACAAAGAGAAGGUGGCGCGGCGGGAGAUCGGCAUCCUGACGACGAACAAGAACACGGCGAGGACCCACAAGAUUAUUGCGCCGGCCAACGUGGAGCGGCCUGUGCGCUACAUCAGGAAGCCGAUCGACUACGCGCUGCUGGAUGACGUCGGACACGGAGUCAAGUGGAUGAAAGCCAAGCAGCACGGAAACAAUCAGUCAAUCCGAGUCGGAACGCUAUCGCGGACCAACCCGCCAACGCAGAAACCACCGAGCCCGCCCAUGUCAGGGCGCGGCACGCUCGGUCGCAACGCAUCCUACAAAACUUUGGAGCCUGUGAAGCCCCCAACGGUGCCCAACGACUACAUGACCAGCCCGGCCCGCCUGGGCAACCAGCAUGGCGCGCAGCACAGUCCCGGACGCACGGCCUCACUCAACCAGAGGCAGCGCACACACAGUGGCAGCAGCGGAGGGAGCAGCAGCCGGGAGAACAGCGGCAGCAGCGGCAUCGGCAUUCCCAUCGCCGUGCCGACGCCGUCCAUUCCCAACUCAGGAUCAGUACCGUUCAUGACCUCCCCCCCGGGUGCGCCUCCUCCGCCACCUCCUCUUCCUCCAGCUGGGCUCGGUCCACCGCCACCACCACCUCCACCUCCUCCCAUAGCGGUGGCUCCAGGGCCCGGCUUAGGCCCCGCCCCAAUGUCGCAGUUCGGCACCAUCUCGCGGCAGAUUUCGCGGCACAACCCCGCCAACUCGUCCGUCUCCAUGGUGUCGGCCACCGGCACCUACCGCCGGGCUCCGUCCGUCACCUCGCAGUUCUCUUUGCAGCAGCAGCAGCAGCAGCUUCAACAACAACAGCCUCAUGUUAACGGGGGCACGCCCACUUACAGCCACAACUCAAUGUGCGUGGCCCCCGCUCCUCCUCCCCCCAUGCCCCAGCUGACGCCACAGAUCCCCCUGACUGGCUUUGUGGCCAGGAUGCAGGAGAGCAUCUCCGACACUCCGACUCCGCCCCCGCCUCCGCCUCCGGAUGACAUGGCCAUGUUCGACGAGUCCCCGCCACCUCCGCCCCCUCCCCCGGUGGACUAUGAGGAGGAGGACGCCUCGGUGGUGCACUACAAUGACCCCUAUGCUGACGGAGACCCCCAUUGGGCACCCAAGAACUACAUUGAGAAAGUGGUGGCUAUCUAUGACUACAGCAAAGAUAAGGACGACGAGCUGUCCUUCAUGGAAGGCGCCAUCAUCUAUGUGGUGAAGAAGAAUGACGACGGCUGGUACGAAGGUGUCAGCAGCGGCGUCACCGGCCUCUUCCCCGGAAACUACGUAGAGAGCAUCAUACAUUACGCCGACUAAACCAGAACAAUUUAUAAGUAAGAUGACAAACAAUUUGGUCUAUAUUGGAACCCCUGUUGAUUGUGGAGAUACGUUGUAGUCCCACCCGCGCUAUGGGGAGGACAAUGCGCAUUAUUUUUUUCUCUCUCUCUCUCUCUUCCCAAUCAACUGCUACUUUGCACACGUGGUGCAGCAACGCAUACAAACAACACACACCCAUUAAAAAACAGUUGCUUAACAGCCCGCAAAUAUACGGUUUGCAUGAACGGUAAACUGAAAUGUAUAGCGGGGUCCACUGUAUUUUUUUUUCCUGGGUGGGCGCACGGGCGACAUCAACAGUUGAAGGAUGUGGGGAAUAUGGCCGACUGCUUUAAAGGGGUUCGAUGGGAAUGAUUUCUUUUAAAAAUUUUGUGGAUUUUUUUUUUCUUCCAGUCGGCGGUAUUCUCUCUCUGUGCUGUAAUUUGUCCAACUCAAAACUUCUUCCCUGAGAAAAGAGCAAUUUAGAAGACAAAAAAUAUUACCUUCAGUUUAUUGACCUUACGUUUGUAAAUGUAUUCACCUUUUUUUUUUGUAUUACUGUUGAAUCACUGAACUUGCAGAAAAUGCAGAUUUCGGGACCUCAGAAAUUAAACACAUUUGGCACAUUCA